AUGUCUCUCUACCUUGGACUUCUCAGAGCCCUUCCCUUCCUCCUCGCCUUUUUUGCGUCAUUAGCUUCAUCGGAGCAUACAUCCAACUGGGCCGUCCUCGUUUCUACGUCACGCUUCUGGUUCAACUACCGUCAUCUCGCAAAUGUUCUCUCCCUGUAUCGUACUGUCAAGCGCCUCGGAAUCCCCGAUUCGCAGAUUAUCUUGAUGCUCCCUGACGAUAUGGCCUGCAACCCUCGCAAUGUGUUCCCAGGCACAGUAUAUAGCAAUGCAGAUCGUGCAGUGGACCUCUAUGGAGACAAUAUUGAAGUGGAUUACCGGGGAUAUGAGGUGACCGUGGAAAACUUCAUUCGCCUUCUGACCGAUCGGCUGGACGAGGAUGUCCCACGGAGCAAACGCCUUGGGUCUGAUGCGGGGAGCAAUGUACUUGUGUAUAUGACUGGGCAUGGAGGAGAUCAGUUUCUCAAGUUUCAAGACUCCGAAGAGAUUGGUGCCUGGGACUUGGCGGAUGCCUUCGGUCAGAUGUGGGAGAAGAAGCGUUACCAUGAAUUACUGUUCAUGAUCGAUACUUGUCAGGCCAACACUAUGUAUACGCACUUCUAUUCGCCUAAUAUCAUUGCGACCGGGUCCAGCGAACUUGACCAGUCAUCAUACUCUCAUCACGCGGAUAAUGAUGUUGGAGUUGCGGUAAUUGACCGCUGGACGUACUAUGUACUUGAGUUCCUCGAAACUCAGGUCACGAGUGCGAACUCGAAACUGACAUUAGGCGAUUUAUUUGACUCGUACGAUGAAACCAAGAUUCACUCACAACCCGGGGUGCGGUGGGAUUUGUUCCCGGGUGCCGAGCAGGAGGGACGCCUCCGAACGGUCGUGGACUUUUUCGGAAAUGUUCAGAACAUCGAGGUCGAGAACACUACCUCUACUGGUCCAGGGUCUCUGAAGGAGAACCUUAUUGAGAUUGCACGACUGGUUGAGAAAUGGCGUACACGCGAUCGGGAAUACUUUACCAACCAGAACGAGUCGUCUCGCGGAAUCCAUCCGGUUUCAGGAUAUGGCGAUCUUUCUCAAGCAGGGGAGGAGCUUGUCAAGCCCAUGCAGACCACAAAUGGUGGAAGCGGGGGCGUGGUAGUCUGUCUAGGGGUUGGUGGCUUGGUGGACCUUAGUGAGAUACUCGGUCUGAGUAGCUCUGACCCUGAGGAUGAAGUCGAGGACAUGGGCGGCGUUGAGGUCUGGGUAUUCGAUUCGCGGCGGCCGUGGAAUCUAGCCAAUGUAUUUGGUGGCGAGCCCGUGACGGACCAAGCGCUAGGCGAGAUCAAUCACAAUGCGCGACGAAAAACGCGCGGUGUGGACAAGGGAUGUAUUACUACCUCGUACAAGUCCAGUAGUGGGGGGAUUGUUGUCUACGACGAUGGGGAUAUUGAGGAGGACAUGAACAAAGAGCGAGAAGCGUACUGUGCAUUGUUAGAGAUGCCGGAGGUGGAUGAGGACGACGAGGGCCUUGAUGAUGAGGAUUCGGACAGUGAAGGGGAAGUAGACCAGCCCUCUAGUUCAGAUUCUAGAAAACGCAAGUCAUGGACGCGGAUGGACGACGAGGAUGAGUCCGACGAGGAAGACGGGCCGCCCCGUCAACGCAGGAGAAGCAAUUCGGGGUCCUCAAUUGCUUCAUCCCCGACUCGUCGACGACCAAGAGCGAAUGAUCCUUUCCAUUCUUCACGCGCUGCUACACCAGUCUUAGCAUCACCGUCGCUUGCGCCACCAAAGCAGCCAUCCGCACGGUCAUUGAAAAGGCGCCUUCUGCGAUUAAAACGAAAGCAUGAGAGUGUGCUACACAAUUACUAUUCUUCGGGAACCUCGUACUCAGAACCUAUAUCUUCUAUUGUGUACUCCCUGGCAUCGGAACUUGGGCGUGAAGACAACGACUUGCUCUGGCUUGCUAUUAUCGGAGUGUCUAGUUUAGAGCUGGGCGGUCGUACAAUGUCUGGAGUUGGUAUCUCUAACUCUUCGGAAUCGGGAGGAUCGGCCGGUUGGGGUGGUGAACGAGGCGAGCGCGUUCGACAAAUAUUAAGAGACGAAGUUCACCGACUAAACCCGCCGGACCCCUACGAACGUGAUCGAGAUAUAAGAGGAGAGAUCAACGGUGUUAUUCCGACCACUGCGAAGUCACCCACCGAUAAAUCAAUACGCUUAUCGCCUGAACCUCGUUUUAUUCUUAUACGACACUGGUCAUUAUACGAUAGCAUGCUCCAUAGCCCUUACUUAGCAUCAAGAUUGCAUGUAUGGACUGAGAAUGGGAGGAAACGACUUAACAAACUCCUGGCUAAGAUGGGCAUCAGUUUAAGCCAGUCCCACCAGAGUUACACCCAUAUGGAUAUGGAAUUAAAACGAGUACUACGACAACGCCUGCUAAAAUAUGCACCAAUGUACGGCUUGGAUGGUUUGGUACCCGCUGAGGCGUCUGGACACGCUGCUUCUCGUGAAGGAUGGGGCUUCGUGCGCUGCUGGGGCUGGAAGGCUUGCCUAUCUGCCACAGACGUGGGUGUCAUCAUCGGUGCCAUGCUUGAGGUCGGGCCAGAGGAGGCGCCGGGAUCGUGGGACGCAAAACGCCUGUCGCGACCAAAGAUUACCUCGGAUUCUAAAGGGGUCACAGAGUCGACACAGUCGGAUAUAGUGCCUCGGUUUUGGAAUGCGUAUGACGCGCUAUCUCUAACCUCAGAGUCACCGACGCUUCUUUUAGCGGCGCUUCCCCUUGCCCAACACCUUCACCGCUCCAUUUUACGCACUGGCACGUCUUUACUCUCCAAACAUCAGAUUCGGCACUUGCGGGCCUUUCGCAUUGCGGUCGUGAAAGAUGGGCCUGACGUGAAAUUGUUCACUAAUCCUGGGGCGCUGACCAAGUUGGCCCUGUGGAUUGCCGAGGCAAUCAGGGUCCAAGAAAGGGAGCGAGGCGACUCAGUUAAGAUUGGGGGGAAGCGUGCCGCAGGUACCCCUUUAGUUCUGGCUGGUCUCGAUGAAGAUAGAGGUGUCUAUGUAGUAGUCGGUACUGGCGGAGGAGGAGGGGUAGUAGAUUUCGCCGCUAUGAACAAACGGCGAGAAGAGAGUCGAAACAAGAAGGAAGCCAAAGAGAAAAAGCGAAAGGAAAAGGAAGAACGGCGAGCGACACGCGCGGCAGAGCGUGCCAAACGAGAAGCGGAAGGCGAAGAGGACUUUGAAGAAAGCGAGGAAGAAUCGGAGUCUGAGUCGGAGUCGGAGCCAGAGGACGAAGAGGAUACACACGCUGACAAGCGCCUUCUGCGCAAUCGAUUUGGAAUCGCCUUCCAAGAAGUCGUGCAGGAAACCAACGCUCGUGUUCGUAUUGACAGCUUUGAUCACUGCGUGGUCGAAGUUCAAAAGGAAGACCUCGGUGCCUUCCUCGAAGCCCUGAGUUUCCGAAGUGUUGUCGGCUAA